UCACUCAAUCGUUUUGCACAUCACCCGUUUUUAGUGUCAUGACAAUCUUAAGGAAAUGCUGCCACACCCUUCCCAGCGCCAUUGACAGACUUAAGAGAAGCUCUUUUCGCGGCAGGGGCUUGGUUCCACAUGGCAUAGUUGUGUUUUUGAUGGCACUUUCUCAAAUGAUCUCGAUUGUGGGAGGAGAACAGGAUGCACGAUGCUUCUUAGACGGUGGGGGAGCCACCGAAAGUUUCUUCAUCAAGGAAUCUCUUUCCGUUGGUAGCCUUCUUGGGACCUUACGAGUCAUCGGCGAAAUUGAUAAAGAUAUUAAGUUGACUCUGGAAGACGAUGAAGAUGUUCCCAUUGCCGUGGAGGAGAGCACAAAAAAUGUGAUUCUCACCAAAGCUCUCGAUAAGGAAGGCGUCUCUGGCCCUUCUAGUGUGAUUGUCGAUGUGAUUUGUCAGAGAUUGAAUACCGAGGACCCCGAUUUCACCAUUCCAAUCAACAUCAGGGUCACGGAUGUAAACGACAAUGCACCGACUUUCAAAGGCGGACCUUAUAGCCUGAACAUUUCAGAACUCACCUUAGUUGGAUCUGCCAUCUUUACCCAGAUUAUGGCCGAAGACCAAGACCAACCUGGCCCAUUCUCAACCAUUGAAUACUCAAUUGUAGAUGGUCAAUUCUCUGAUCAUUUGACAUUUUUAAACCCUUUGGAAGGGACACUUUACCUGGCCAAACAAUUGGACUAUGAAACCACCAAGUCUUUUGAAGUGCGCCUCGUGGCCAGGGACCAAGGAUCUCCCCCUCAAGAGAGUGAAUCCAUUCUUCGAAUCAACGUUCAAGAUGCUGACGAUCAAAAUCCGAGUUUUUUCUACGAAAGUUAUCACGCUUUACUACCGGAGACCAACACUCAAGGGCAAAAGCUUAUGGUCCAGCCCCAAGACUUGAGAGCCUUCGACAAGGACCAAGGCCUGGGAUCGCCCUUGUAUUACUCGUUUAAUGCCAAUUCCGACGAGUACAAGUACUUUGAGUUGAAUCGCAAUUCCGGCCAUAUCUACAUCAAAUCAGACAUUCCCGAUGAUGAAUUCUUGCGCCCGGUUACCCUGAUCAUUAAAGCCACCCAAUUUGAUAACCUGGACCGAUAUGCCAUCACAACAUUGACAGUGUCUCGAGGGGGUAUCUUUGAUAGCGCACUGCAGUUUCUACAAAAGAGCUACGAUGUCAGGAUCCUGGAGAAUGUCCCCCUCAAUAGUGUGAUACUGACUCUUUUGACAAACAAGCCGUCGGAUCGAAGAGUCCAUUUUGACAUUGAGUUGUCCGAUUUGCCGGACAAAGAGUUCAGCGUUAGCCAAAGAGGGGACAUCAAAGUGCGGAAAGUCUUGGAUUUCGAACAAGUUGAAAAUUACUCGUUCAUUGUUCAUGCCAAUGAUGGGCGAAACAAUGACUCUGCCAGAGUGAAUGUGACCGUCCUGAAUAUCAACGAUUGGGAUCCAAGAUUCAAGUAUCCCCAAUACGAGUUCUUUGUGUCCCGAGAGGAUGCUUUUCCAGGCUUUAUUUUGGGUCGUCUUGAAGCGCAUGACGGAGACAAAGGUGACAAAGUGACUUUGGAACUCAAGGGACCACACGCUCGAUUGUUUCGAAUCAAUUCCAGGGCCGAACUCGCCAUACAAGACAUGAAGUACCUGAAUGGAACCGAUGCCCACUUGGUGGUUGUGGCUGAGGACUCUGGUAUUCCACCCCGUUCCUCGUCCGUGCCAGUUGCGGUCCAUUUUCCCUCAGGGAUCGUGUCAGGUCUCGAAGGGACCAAACUGAAUCAAGUUCAAGUUAUGAUGGGAUUAGCUUUAGGCCUGGUUCUCCUGUUUAUUAUCAUCAUCUCCCUGAUGGUUUAUAUUUGCAAGCACAAGCGAAAAUAUUCCAGAACCAGUCCCCCAGGGAGCAGGGACAACAUCAUGGUCCAGAAGACGCAUAUGAACCCGCUUCAGAAUGGCCACAAUCAUCCGCCUUUAUUAUUGCGUCGGCCUGAGCCCAAUCCCAAGCUCAUUUUCAAUGACCGACCUCACUCGAACAUAUCGGACCGAGCCAGUAGCGAAGGCAACCUCGCCACAAUUCAACUCAAGUCCAAUGGUUAUGAGGAAACCAACCGACAUAUCAAUCGUACCCAUGAAAGAUCAGCAGACGGAGGAGGAAGUGUUAUUUUGAAUCCUCUCAAUCCUCGGAGCGCCAGUCAGCGAUACGGCAAAAACCGCAUCAUCCGCAUCUCACAUUCCCCUAUGCCUUUGUACUCCACCUUAGGCCAAGCAAAUCAUGCCAGCUCCACCCCACCUCCACCCACCCCGUCCAUCCACUCAAACGGGUUGCCCUCCCGAAAUUUGUCGUCGCCAUCAUCUUCUACACGGAGUUCAAAUGUCAAUACCAGGAUCAGUUCCCAUCCUGAUGGGGCCGAGCCCAAGCACCACGGUAGCUCCGCCAGUGUCAUUUCAGGCAGCUCCGUGUCCACUCAAAUAUCGAAGGAUUGGUUUGACACCUACGCAUCGAAUAAGAGAUCGUUGACCGAAACGCUGAAACAUUCGUCUUAUCGUGACCUCAGUCGAAUUGAAUGGCCUCGAAAUUCGAUCCCCCGGCGAGUGAAGAAACUAUCCUGGGAUGACGAAAUGUAUCGGGAUCGGGACAUCUCUACCUUAACGGAUCCAAAUUGCAGUGUCACGCCUUUGGAGCAACAAUCAAGCGAAAACAUUCAUUUGGGCAGGGCCAUCUACUUUUGAAGGCACCAAGCAGAAAUCGCUUUGUGAAAGUACAUGGAGGUUGGGAAUGUCUUGCCAUUGUGUCCAAUUUCAGAACUUCAGUUAGGUACAAUGCUGAAGGCGGACGGAUCAAUGAAUGCCCGCUUGUGAAUGCGUCUGUGAGAUACUCUGAGUGUUUAGCAUUGAACAACACUAACAGGAAGAAGUGACUGGCGGAUUUGGUUCAGACAUUGUCACGAUCUCCUAAUGAACUCCUGGACCGAUCAAGUGAGCUAGUACUACUACUUGAUGGAAGAUCUUUAGUGCCUAAUGAGAUUGGAUUUACCACCAUCUACUGCUUCUGUGCCUGCAACCACCAAAGUGCAAAGGCCAGAGGGGAUCAUUAUUUCACUGAGAAAUUAGCGAAUGUUAAACUGGCUGUGAUGGUUUUUCUCCUUGAUGAGUAGUCUCACCAAUUUGGGAUGUAACGAAAUAUUCCUGGAAAGGGACUCAAGAACUCUUUUGUCUUUGCCUUUUUAUCGAAUUGAUAGUGAAUAGAUGUCAUUUUUUGAUUUACCGUUUCAAAAGGUCCCAUGAGUUUAAAAGGCUGGGUCAAAGAUCUGGUAGUUGUGAUUCAUCAAAUAAUUUAAGCCAUUGAAAAGGCAGAAAACAUGGAAAUUCCUGUCAGGCUCUUACCUUUUGUUCGAAUCUGUUGGAAUGAACACGUCUGUUUGUUUUAGAUUCAUCUUAGGCCCAAACAAAACAGUUCAUAAGAGUAACAAAGUCUGUCCAAAAUAGUAUCCUUACUAAUAAAGAGAUUGGAGUUUUCCCUCAAGCAGUUCAUUGAAGACAAGGUUGCAACGCUAUUCAACCUCCUUGAAAUAAGAUGGCUUUAAAAUUUCACCCAAAAAUUGCUACCUUUUGCAAGAGAAGUUUCGUGGUCCUAGGGAUUAUGGAGGAGGAACAACAGACUUUUGAAAAGAGCGCCAUUCGGAUCCCACCCCCGUAAAGAUGGAAAGUUUGAAAUGCCAUGAGCCAUUGAAGGUAAUGAUGUAACAGAAGAAACGGGUGCAUUGUUCGAAAUCCAGGAGAUGUAGUGUCAAAGUUAAAAAACGUAUAAAUAGCCCGAUGCUACAAGUAAGUUUAGAUUGGAAUUAUUCAAGGAUCCUUGACUCAUUCUUUUGACCUGGAUCCUGUCGAAAAAGCAGAAGCGUGCUGUGGUUAAGAUCAGGAAAGAAGUAGGUGUCUCGAGUAUUGCCUAUUUGACGGAUCCCAAUCAUUAUAUUUAUCACGCCUAGCUCCGCUUUUCCCUAUGGCUCUUGAUGAAAUGGUGAAAAGGUGUUCCUUCUCACCCCUCUUUUGACUUAGAACGUUGGUUUGCAUGUUGGCCUCCAUUUCCCGGUACGGCGACCUCCCUCUCCCCCUAAGACCUGAACUCCGGCUUUCCGGCAGCCAAAAUCACGCAACGGUGUAGAGAUUUUGAUAACAUUCUUUUAUAUCCAUUGAUAGAGGGAGCCAAAAAAGUUUUGAAGUUACAGGGUGAUAAGUAGACCUCGAAAAAUAAAAAGUUAAAACCUGAAAAAAAGUA